CAUCAAAGUGUCCCGGUAUAAAAGACGGGCCGGUUGAAACAAACCAGCACAUCGUCUUCUCCAGUCGAUUUCAUCUUCCAACUUUCUGACGGGUCUCUGUACAGUCACGAAAUUGAAAUCAUGUCCCUCUCGUACCAUUUCUUGAUCUUUCUCGGGUUGGGUGUUGUGGCUGUAAUGGGCAACAAUUACAAGGCGCCUUAUUAUCAACCCAAAUACGAGCCAGAAAUCCCUGCUUGUUCCAAGAACACGUCCAAGAACUGGUGCCUGGAAGAUUCCGAGUAUCCGGCCUAUGAAGUCGUUUACGAGCUGGACAAACACUACGAAGCCGUUUUCGCCCUGUACAAGAACGUCGUCGCCGAAACGUCCAACUCUGUCGAUACCCUCAGCAAACUGGAAGAGGAGACUUAUCUGUGCCCGAGCGAAACUUCUUACGUGCAGCCACUGCGUGCAGUCAACACCAAAGGCAAAUGGCGUGUCAUCAUCAACAAAGUCGAAUCCUACGGCAUCAAGUACGAUCAACACGCCCGCAUUGAAGAAUGUGAGGAUGAUGCUGCUGGAAAGGCCUGCCCUUUGGUGCCCACCUGUUACGAGUCGAAAUGCCUGCAAAAGAGCAUCUACCACCGUUUCCUCGUCUACGAUCCCACUGAUUAUUACUUCCCAUUCGCCAUUGAAACUUUCAAAUUGCCCGCAUCUUGCGCCUGUUUCGUUGGAGCUUUCAAACUCUAAACACUUCCACCAUCUUCUUCUAUCCUUCCUUUUCCUACUUCUUUCUUUACAAAAAUUCUUGUUUUAAUUCUAUGCUCCCAGUCCAAACGAUCCCUGUGAUAUUUUUGUAAAACAUCUCUGCGCUUCACAGUCGACUCUUCGUGAACAAUUGAAAGACUCACGGUGGAGCGCAAAGGUUGGCGGUACCAUCAAAAAUGAAACAUGUAAAAUGAAAGCAGUCCCUCACCACUACCACAAUAACAUCGUGGCUUAUUUAAUGAUUAAAAUAUUUUUCUGUAAUUUGUGACCCUCCCCUAAGCUGUUUGUGCAGAAUUCCCAUGUGUUGCUCGCUCACGAAAUUUUCCCAAUCGAAAUAAAUUCGAAUAUAUUCUCUAA